GUUUUCAUUAAUUGCCCACCCGAUAUCUUAAUUGAAACCGUCCAGUCUAAGGUUCGUGUAAAUUGGCAGGGACCCAUGGUUACAGACAAUACUGGUGUUCCUACUCUCGAGUCAAACCGACAGAGUGGUUCUCUUUUUAGUGCUCCUGGUUCAUACGAAGUGAUUUAUACGGCAAGAGACUCGUCUGGAAAUGUAGCCACAUGUAGCUUUCGCAUAACUCUGAAGAGUAAGUAAAAAGUUUGUGUUGGGCGACAUAUGGCAAUCUUGACCUAGAGCUCUUCUACGCAUGUCGAGGAGAGAGAUCGAGAGAGCAUUCCCAAACCCGUAAGCACUGGGGUCGAGAAUGCGACAUAUGGGCAAAGUACACCCUACCUUUCCAGCCUCCUCCUUAGGCGCUUCGUUUUUCGCAUGGUAGAGGUGAGCGCGAAACGCGAAUGACUGACGAUGAACCGCAAGGAGCCAUGGGAAGAGUACAGACGGCAGGCAAAGCGCGUGUCGCACGUUGUCUCCUUCCCACCUUCCUUUGGGCGCACAUUUUCAUAGAGAGAGAGACGUCUGGAUAGCAGCUACCUUUCUUUACUCCCUUUAGUUAACUCUCUAUAAGACGGACAUCUCUCUAAGACGAAUACUUAGUACCCGGGGGGCGUUAUUCCCGGGAAUUCUCGUUAGGGGUGUGCCGCCCAGUUCUUUAAAUCCUGACCCGAUUUCAGAUACGUUCAUACACGCCUCGAAAACGAUACCCGAUUCCAGACCAAAAUGGGCAAAGUGUAUACCCGUUUUUAGACCAAAACGGCGCACAAACCCUACCCCUGGGGCGGCCUAUACCUAUAUGGCUUAUAUGAGGGAGUACCCCCCGGACACUUAGUGCCGGUCCUAAAGGUGUCCUGCGUCUUAAAGAGAGUUGACUUUACAUGAAUGCCCGUACCGUUUUGUUUUGUUUCUUUCUUUUUUAUUGAGAAAAUCUCAGAUGUGAUUAGUUUUAAAAGAGUGAAACUGAAAUUCUUGUCCUUACGAUCAUGUACAUUAUGUUUGCUCGCCGACCAGGCUUUCGAAAGGAGGGGACAAACAGGGUCAUGAAGCUUAACGCCAAAAUUAGUGAGAUCGCGAGUCCGGAGACUUUUUUUGACAAAAAAAUUACCAGCCGUGUCUGCCAUUUACAUAGGCAAACCCGUCGGUCCACGGUUUGGGCAAGUAGUGAGCAAAAUGUAGGACUGGUAGAUUUUGUCCCCGAAUUUGCCGAAAAACGGCCGCGAAGUGGGGGGAGGGGAGGGGUGGGGGGGGAAGCGAGGUGGAUAUUUUUUAAAGAGGCGAAAUAUUUUCAUAUGCCCCUACUUUAUACAGAAUUUUUUUGAUACCCCCCCCCCCCUCCCCCCUUCUUUACUAAACUGAGAAAAAUUCACAACCCUCCCCGUCCCAGUUUUAAUGAGGAAAGUAAAUUGUGGGCAGUAUGACGACAGUGAUGAUGAUGAUUAUGAGAUUAAAAACAAUCCGUGACGUGGAAAAAUAAUGUAUAAUAAUGUAGAUAGCGCUGGUUGACUGCACAAAGUAAAGGACAUUACAGUUUUAGUCGUUAAUAACAAAAACAUCCUUCAUUGAACUAGACAAUAAGGAACUUCACUUGUGUAGCGAUUUAUCAGUAACGUUACAAAUACUUUCUCUUUCAAUGGCAUCUAAAAGAAUUGGCAUCCCCCCUUCCUGCCUUCAGAAAUUUUUACCAUCCCCGGUCUUUUCCCUUCAAAAAAUGAAUACAGCCUAAGUUUUGAAGAAAUGGAAUUUCUUUUGGAACAUUCCCACCGGGAAAACAGGACUACCUUUUCAAAAAUUCCGUUGCUCCCGGAAUUUUUCAACUGGAACUACCCGGAAAGUCGUGUUCUAUUUACUUUUCAACCGGAUUUUCCAAAAACUGUUUGGAAAUGGUUAACAACCAAAGACAUAUUCAACACUAAUUUGCUUUGAACAGGGCUUUGGCACCUUCUUUUCUGUUAUUUGCAAGUUUUUCUUAACUAUUGAUUUAAUGGUCUUUAACGUGUAGUUGCCCUCAGAUUAAUUUCAGGAGCUGAUUACUGGUUGGGGUGGCGGGGAGGGGGGUGGAAUUAACAGUUAACUGAUGACAAAAAUAGAGGUUAGUCCCAUUGUCUCAUAUAUAUAGACAUCUCAGUUGUAUGCCGGGCUCCUAUUUUCUCAAAAGCUCACAGGAUUAUUCAAAGAAGGACAGAUCCAGAGCCGUGAGUGCUUUCUUUCAGUUUAAGUCUUAAUUUCAGGGCGUUUUGCAUUUGUCAGUGAACUGACCGGGCAGACCCUUCCCGUCGUAAUGAGAAUUUCACUUUUAAUCAAAACUAUUCAGCCAGAUCAGUCAAAUCCUAAAUGGUAUACCCGAAUGAGAUGGUGCUUCAGCGCUAGCAAGCGGGAAAAAACUUUGGAAAAAGCCGAUUUCAUUUGCUAACUGACUGCUCCGGCCGGCUAGUUCUAUUCUGACAAAUGGAAAGCGCUCUAGGUCUCCGCUAACAAGCUGUCUGAAGCGCACGUUUUGUAACCUCAUAAGGAACAUGAGCUCACUUAUCAUUUCAACAUAACUUAUAAAAGCUUGUUGCAUCUAAAUUGGUGUGUAUGAUUUUCUAUUUAUAUCCUGUUUUCCAUGAAUUUACUACUUUUCGUUAACAGAGAAAUCUUGCCCCAUUUAUCCUCCCCCUAAAAACGGAGCCCUUGCCUGUUUGGACUUCCAAGGUGACCCUGCAUGUGCUGUGAUGUGUAAAGGCGGCUUCGACUUUGUCUCAAAUCCCGCAUGGCUGUAUUUUUGCAGCCAAGGACAAUGGAGAACCUUACCAUUU